AUGUUGGUCACCAUCGUUCUGCUACUGGCAUGCGCCCCCCUUGUCACCCCUACCCCGGUCUCCACCCAAAACCCCGACCUCAGGGUUGGAGUGUUUAACAUCCAGACGUUCGGCAAGACAAAGGCAAGCAAACCUGAAGUCAUGGAAACUAUCAGAAAGAUUAUCUCCACCUAUGACGUCAUGCUUGUGCAGGAGAUCCGUCAGAAGAGUGGAGAAUGUAUGGUGCAACUUCUCGACCUGCUCAACACCAACAAUGCCGAACAGUUCGCAUAUAUCGCCAGCCCCAGACUCGGGCGUACUUCGUACAAAGAGCAGUACGCCUAUUACUACAAAACAGACAAGGUGAAGGUCGUGGACACCAGGUUGUAUAAUGACUCAUCGGAUGUGUUUGAGAGGGAACCCUACAGUGUUCUGGUGGAAGUCAACACAGUCGGGGGAGGUGUUCUGAGAAUGGCUCUGACUGGCGUCCACAUCAGACCUGACGAUGCCGUCCAUGAGUUACAAGCCAUGAAAGCUGUCUACAUUGACACCAAGGACGCCUUCGGCACAGAGAACGUGGUCAUCAUGGGCGACAUGAACGCCGACUGCAGCUACGUCAAAAAAUCCGAAAUGGCAAGCAUUAAACUAUUCAACGACACCAAGACCUUUUGGUCCCUGAUCAGUGACGUUGUCGACACCACGACUUCUGACACCGACUGCGCCUAUGACAGGAUCGUCAUAGCUGGUCCUGAGUUGGAAAGUCACGUGGUAGCCUAUCAAAGGGAGGACUUCGGGGCUGAGUUUGGGCUCACACAAGAACAGCAAAAGGCUGUCAGUGAUCACUUUCCCGUCUGGGUCACCUUUAACCUCGAACCCCGACAGUAA